ACCUCACAGAUUCUUUGCGCGCGCCGGAGAGAGAGCAAAAGAGCUCGUUAGUCGUUAAUACUCGUUACAUUUUGUUCUACGGUAUUCAGUAAGUAAGAGAAAGAGAGGGGCUUUUACAGUGCAUACGAGCGUCGUGGUCUCCGUCCCCUGUUCUAUGCCUUGAAGUUUCAGGGGUGUUUUUCUUCCCCUUUUUGGCAGCAAAACUCUCUCUGUCUCUACCAUGGUUUCUCUCCGUUUUCCCUUCUUUCACUCUCACCUCCUAAUACCCUACCCUAUCGUAAUUCCUCUUCUCCACUGCACCAUGGCCGAGUAGCAAUGGCCAUGGGAGUAGGACUAGGCGUGGGCUUGGCCAUGGCUUCUUCAUUCUCGGACCAGAGAGGUUCAUUGCUUCAAAAAGCCAUGGAUUGGUUCUCUGCGAGCCAGAACUCGAUACCCCAUUUGUGGGCCUCGCUCUCUUUGGCCUCUGAGAAAACCAUUACUGAAUCCAGGACUGGCACUUCCUUUCUGGCGGUUUUGUACGAGACUCAACAGCUUGUGGGGAUUGGGAUAAGGAAGAAAAGCAUCAUAGGUAUCAAGAACAUCAAUGUAUAUGCAUUUGGUAUUUAUGCAGAUGCUAGCGACAUGAAAGAAGCGUUGUAUGAAAAGUAUAGACCUUUAUCAGCUGAUGAGCUUAAAGAAAAUAAGGAUUUCUAUGGAGAUAUUAUGGAUAGUGAUAUAUCUAUGACAGUAAGGUUAGAGAUAGUAUAUGGAAGGUUGAGCAUUGCUUCUGUUCGAAGUGCCUUUGAAGAGACAGUUGGAAGUAGGCUCCAAAAGUUCAGUGGAGCUGAUAAUAAAGAGUUGUUACAGAGAUUCACAACACAGUUUAAAGAUGAAUAUAAGCUACCACGAGGAACCAUAAUCGAUCUUUCACGGCAGCAUGGCCACAUCCUUCAAACCAAAAUUAAUGGUGAGGUGGUGGGCAGCGUUCAGAGCCAACUCCUCUGCAAAUCAAUAUUCGACCUUUACAUUGGAGAAGACCCAUUUGACAGAGAUGCUAAACAGGAGAUUGGACAUGGUUUGGCAUCUCUACUUAAAAACUAGAUUCAAACGCAUGGCAUCAGUCGCACUUUGUCUUGUUCUGUGGUGAUUCAAUUAUUUUGUAAAAUUUCAUUUUAUUGAAAUAGGUAAACUCCAUUAAAACCACGAUUUUGCUGGGGGCUUUCUAGCCUGUGAAACAAUGAACACUGGUAUAUUGUCCCUCAGCUGUUUUAGAUGUCCUCUUUUUUUAGUAUAGUUCAUGUAAUUUUUUCAUCCAACUAUUUACCAUUUGUAUAUGAUUGUGCCUUGCCUGUAUGUGUCGUACUAUUCCUUGGUCUGAGGGAUAGUGCUUUAUAGCCAAAUGUGAUUUGCUAUUCACAAAUAAGAAAUUUGUUUAAUGGGAUUUUGGUCA